AUGUCAGUUUCAUUCAGACUGGAGCGCUUUUUAGCUGAUCCCUCUCUUGAGCUUAUUGAUAGUUGGCACAGGUGCAAAUUGCUGCAAAUUGUGGAGCACUUUAAGCUCCAGGUCCCAAAACAGGUCCUUAAAGGUGACCUAAAGGUUCUGAUAGUGGAUAGGUUGGUGGAGGUUGGUGUGUUUAGAGAGCCUGAUCUGCCUGAAGCUGCUUCAGUGCUGACCCAAAAGGCCUUGUCUGUGGAGGACCUCAAAGAUGGUCCUAGAGUGGAGGCAGUAGUGCGUGACCAGGGGAAGACACCUCACACUCCCCCCCGCUAUGAUCCACUGUCUUCUGUGUGUUCAGAAGGACGAGAUGGAGCUCGUUUGAAGGUGCGGUUGGCAAGUCUCCAAAUGGAGGCUGAGGAAAAGGCCCAGGACAGAAAAGCUCAGCAGGAGCUUGAGAUCAGGAGGCUGGAAAUAGAGGCUGAUAAAGCUGUAAAGCUGCGCAGACUCGAGCUGGAGGCCCAGACUCGAGCCCCCUCUGCCUCUGUCACACCAGGUUCCACCUCCAUGUCCGCUAUGCCAUUUGACAUCAGUAAGUGUAUUUCCUUAGUACCUGCUUUCAAAGAUUCUGAGGUUGAUUUCUAUUGUUCAGCAUUUGAACGCCUUGCUGGUACUUUGCAAUGGCCUAGGGAAACCUGGCCUCUUUUGUUACAAUGUAAGUUUUCUGGUAAAGCUCACGAGGUAUUGGCAGCGCUUCCUUUAAAAGAUAGCUUAGAUUACGAUCUGGUUAAAAUUGCUGUCUUACAAGCUUAUGAGUUGGUCCCAGAAGCUUAUAGACAGAGGUUUCGACAACAAAAGAAUACUUCUGGGCAAACACAUUUUGAGUUUGCCAGGGAGAAAGGCAUUCUCUUUGAUAAAUGGGGUGCUGCAUCCAAGGCCAACAACUAUGACACUUUAUGUGAAUUGAUACUGUUGGAAGACUUUAAGAAGUGCAUUCCGGAACGGGUGUUGUUGUAUUUAAAUGAACAGAAGGUGACCACUUUAGCGUCGGCUGCUGUUCUUGCUGAUGAGUAUGUGCUUACCCAUAAGUCAUCUUUCAUUGUUAAUGAAAAGACACCUGUUAACUCUGUGCCGCUGUCCCAGAUGGUUAAAACCAUAGUUCCAAAGGACAGCCGUGAAUGUUUCUACUGUCACAAACCUGGACAUGUCAUCGCUGAUUGUUUAGUUUUAAAACGAAAAAAAACUACCAAAUUCACAACAAACUAAAGGUGUUGGUUUUGUGAAGAAAGAACCCCAUAAUAAGAGCAGUGGUUGUGGUGACAAAUUACCUGAUGCCUGUUUUGAACCAUUCAUUUUUGAUGGCUUAAUCUCACUGACACCUGGUCCCUCUGAUUUAAAGCCAGUACGCAUCUUGAGGGACACUGGAGGUUCCCAGUAGGUCAUUCUCUCAAAUGUUCUACCUUUCUCAUCUGAGAGCCCAUGUGGGUAAAACACUGUUCUGAGGGGGAUAGAGAUGUGUUAUGCUCCAAGACCAGUCCACAGAGUUUAUGUAAAAUCAAAACUUGUCACAGGAUAUUUUCCUGUUACUGUUUGCCCAGAUUUGCAUAUAGGUGGUGUGGCUAUGUUAAUGGGGAACAACAUUGCUGGAGGUCUAGUACUCCCAAGUUUGGAGGUUUUAGACAACCCCUUAAAUCAGACAACCCCAGACUCUUCAGACCCCGGGCUGUACCCAGCCUGUGUGGUCACCCAUGCACAGGCACGUAAAGACCCAGAAAUUUCCAUUUCUGAUUCUGUUUUGAUGUCUCCAUUUUCUAGUGAGGGUGAUGCACAACUCAAACGUAAAAACAAGACGUUACUUCCAGAUUCGGUGGUGUUGGAGGAGCCUGGUCCACUCUGGGAAACAGUGUCCAUCCCCCUGACCAGACAACAUUUGUCGUCAGCUCAACAAGCUGACGAAACAUUACAAAGAUGUUUCAAGAAUGUGGAUCGAAGACUGUGUGGACAAUAUCGGAGCUGCCAAACAUGUUACAAAGUUGGACCUUCUCAAGGGUUAUUGGCAAGUCCCCUUGACUGAAAGAGCUUCUAACAUUUCAGCUUUUGUGACCCCAGAUGACUUUUUGCAAUACACUGUCAUGGCAUUUGGUAUGUGUAACGCUCCAGCUACUUUUCAAAGGCUGAUAAAUACAGUAUUGCGCGGCAUCCCCAACUGCAGUGCUUAUUUAGACAAUCUAGUGGUGUAUACUGAAACCUGGCAGGAACAUUUGCAAGCAUUAUAUCAAAUAUUUCACUGUUUGGCCCAAGCCUCCUUGACCCUUAAUCUUGUGAAGUGUGAAUUCAGCAAAGCCACUGACAUAUUUAGGCAGAGAGGUGGGACAAGGCCAAGUCCGUCCCCUAAAUGCUAAAGUUGUGGCAAUUAAUGAUUAUCCCACACCCAAAACAUGCGUGAGCUUCGUAGAUUUCUGGGCAUGGUUGGUUAUUACCAGAACUUUUGCAGAAACUUCUUCUCAGUGGUGCAACCGUUAACCAAUCUACUUAGCCCAAAGAUUGAUUUUGUUUGGUCAGAUGACUGCCAGAAUGCUUUUGAAAGUGCUAAGUUCCUUCUAUGCCACACACCGGUACUAGCUACACCUGAUCUGACCCGACCUUUAAAGCUAGAGGUGGAUGCCAGUAAUGGUUGGAGCUGGUGCAGUGUUGAUUCAGGAAGAUUUGCAGGGUUUAGAUCAUCCUGUUUGCUAUUUCUCCUGCAAAUUUAACAAACAUCAAUUGAACUACUCCACUAUUGAAAAGGAAACUUUGGCUCUGUUGUUGGCUCUUCAGCACUUCCAU